AUGCGGAGUCUUCCGUUUCCAGUAGCUGCCACAUUCGACCAUGAAGUACCAAGUGAACAUGGAACACCGUUCAGCCCUGCUAGUGAUAUUCCUAUUGAUCCUGCACUCGCCGGGCCACUACCCAUCGACCCAGCUAUCAUGGGCAACGAAGCCGUUCAGUUAAAUGUUUCGCAGCAGGGUCCACCCGUGCACAUUCCAGAGGAUUUUAUUCCACCUCACCCUCGACACUACUCUCAGGAGCCUUCACAAUAUGACCAAGGUCCCCGUGGCGAUCCAUUUGCGCCCCAACCUGUGCCUUAUCUACAUAUUCAAGAAGAAGUCGUUCCGCCACCCAUCAAGCCACCAAAGAGAAAGCGAAAACCCCGGCGAGAACCCGAGUGCGGGUUUUGUCAGGGGGAUGACAAGAGGAACAAGGAGGCUGAACCCGAGGUCAUGGUCACUUGUGUAGAAUGCGGUCGCAGUGGGUGGCAUAUGGAUUGUAUGCAGCCUCCCCUGGAAGAAACGCCUCCCGGAACAUGGCACUGCCCAAUGUGCCACCAAUCUCUCUUUCCUUUAGAAUCCGACGUUGCAUCCACCACAAAUUCCGAUCCCCAAGAUAGAGACGAGGCAACUGCCGAGCCUGAAGUGGAUGUUGAAGUUGACGAUGGUGAUGACGAUUCGUCUGAAGACUCUUCGGACUCUGAAUCUGCAUCCGAUGAUACCAAUACUGUGCAAGCACCGACACCACGCCAGCGACCCAGCCAGCGAAUAAAGAAGCCGCCAAAGCGUAGAAUUGAACAGCCAACCCCACGGCCUCUCAAACGCAUCCGCCUGCGCUCGCCUGCGGCACACCCGCUCGUCGUACGUCUGCGAAUCCCUCCAAAGGGUAAGGGCAAAGAGCGAGAAGAAGACCCCGACAGAAAUAUCUUCGAGGACUUCCUCAACCCUGCUGAUAGGGACAUGUCAAAAACAGGGAUCACAGACUUUGACAGAGCACGAUUUGAUAAAAGUUGUCUGGCGGCUGAGGAAAAACUUGCACCACCUCAAUCAGCACCAUCAAUUGACACACCUGAUCCUCCAAUAGCUGGUCCUUCGUCUCGUCCCCUACGGUCUCACGCUCUCCAACACAUAACAAUACCUUCCUCAAUACCAGCUCGCUCGCCAGUACCUUCCACACCUGGUGCGAUUCCGCACACACCUUCCACCAUCCCUGCUACCCCGUCGGGUUUCCCAACGCCUCCCUCCACGUUACGCAUCCGGAUCAUCCGCUUCGGGAAGUAUGAUAUCCACCCGUGGUACGAUGCCCCCUUUCCGGAAGAGUUCUCAAAUAUCCCGGAUGGACGACUGUGGUUCUGUGAAUUUUGCCUCAAAUAUAUGAGAAGUGGCUUUGCUUUUGGUAGACAUAGCAUGAAAUGCAAAACACGACAUCCACCAGGCGACGAGAUUUAUCGCGAUGGUGCCAUGUCUAUUUUCGAAGUAGACGGACGCAAGAACAAGAUAUACUGCCAGAAUCUUUGCUUGUUGUCGAAGAUGUUCCUAGAUCACAAGUCACUCUUCUAUGACGUCGAACCAUUUUUGUUCUACGUUAUUACAGAAACUGACGAUAUGGGCGCACGUUUUGUUGGGUACUUCAGUAAAGAGAAGUGUUCUCCGAAGGACUACAACGUCAGUUGUAUCAUGGCGUUGCCUGUGAGGCAGAGACAAGGAUGGGGGAAUUUCUUGAUCGAUUUCAGUUAUCUUCUCUCCAAGAAGGAACAACGCGCGGGAUCACCCGAGAAGCCACUCUCAGGGCUUGGUCAACUGGGGUACAAGAACUAUUGGACCCUCGCACUCAUGCGAUACCUUCAUACAUCACCGGAAAACCCAACCCUUGAAGCUAUCAGCAAGGGCACAUCUAUGACCAUCGAAGAUAUUUAUAAUACCCUUCACGACCAGGGAAUGAUCUCUGUGCAAUCUGUUACACCGCCUAUGAGACCUACACCAGGGCAAGCUAUCAAGUUCCCACGAGGGCGCAAGAACGGCAUUGCGCGGCGUCACCUUCAGCGGCAGAGCACGCUAAACAAGGAGGAGGAGGCCGGAAGUAAGGCCAACACACCCUUUGUCCCCCCUACGCGGUAUCAGAUUACCUGGGAUCCUGAGAAGGUGCAACACUACCUUGGGGCGUGGGAGAAGAAGGGAUACAUGAAGCUGAAACCGGAACGGUUGAAAUGGACGCCGUUUGUGCUGGCACGGACAAAAGCUGGCGGGGAAGUUUUGCAAGCGGAGCUGGGUGCCGGCAUGGGUGCUCUAAACGGCGUUGCGGAAACACCAAUCCCAGUCACUGAUCAGGUGGACAAUCAGACGCCGGCCCCUGGUUCUGCCGAACCCUCCGUCAGCGUAUCUGAGGCAGCGCCUACAGACACUCAUCAUGUCGUAGACACUCCUGCAGCGCGUCUGUUUGAUGACCUCAUAACCGAAAACCCUGAAACUCCUGUGACAAAGAAGCAAUUGCGGAGUCGCGUUAAAGGAGGCGAAGUGCCUCGGUCCGUCUUCUCGCGAACGCAGUCGAGUCGUAACACGAUCACGCGCACUGCCCUCCAACGACACACACGUUCUGUAUCGGCUCGCCCUAUUACUGGCAUCGACGGUGCGGUCAACAAUGCUGCCCCUCAAACUGAUGAGCUGGCAGAACAAUCGAGUCCUGAUAUUCCUGCCAAACGGCGACGAGGACGGGCACGGAUAAAGCCACCGGAUGAUGCGUUAUCAGCGGUAUCUGAGUCUGGGAGGAUGACUGUUUCACCGUCACCAUCAAGACCCCUGACUCGAGUCAAACGCAGGAGGAUAGAAUCGCCUGUGUCAGAAACCCCUUCAGAGCGUGUGGAAGGCCGUGCUGAGCUGCCUGAUGGUCCUACUCACUCCAACGGUCACAUUAACCCCGUCAGUGAGGUCGGUCAGGAGGAAGAUGUCUCUCAUCAUUCAUCCGGAUCAUCUGGUUCUGUCAAUAAUGGCGCUCAAUCUCCUCGAGUGGAGACGACCUCGUCUAUGUCAGAACUAGAUACACGAUCCUCACUUGCUCAGUCGCAACCACCGGAUCCCGAGAUUAAGUCGGAGGAAGCGGAUACGCCUCUCACCGGCAUAACCAGUCGACACAGCGUACCAAGCGACGACACCUUGUUCGUUGUGGAGACUGCAAACGGGGUAGGGAGCAAGGACUCUGGGGGCUCUGAUAUUAUCGGAGCCGUGCACUCACCCACUUCUCAAACUACCUGGAGGGAAAGUGCUGGUCAAGACUCAAACCAAACAGCCCGCCUUUUCUCAAGCCGAGCCACAACACACGUACGAGCGGUUCACGCUGGUUCAUUGUGGUUCACAGCCUGGCCUAUGGAAUAUGGAAACCAACAAGUGAGUGCUAAUCUCGUAAUGUCCAGACUCCACACCCCCUUCCGCUUGCGCGACCCAAGCAUGGCUUUUGGCCAUCUUCAACGAGACCCAAACCUGCAGACUAAUGUCAGCAAUGUCUCGAGUUUGAAUCAAGCGCUGGGCUCGCAUCUUAACCCUACCAUCAACGGGCGUCCCCAAUUCCAUGACGGCGGAGCAUAUAGGCUUUCUGAUUCACCGCCGACAAUUUUGGAUCAAGCUUCACGAUCUACCCAACCGAUAGGUGGUCCUUCUCAUUCUUCACCCAUUCACGAGUUUUCGGUACUCCCAACCAACGAAACUCAAACUACCAGUGGGCCCAAACGUAAGCAGACUGACGGCUUGGCUCCCAGUGGUAGUUCACAAUCAGGCAAAAGACGGAGAGAAGGGGAGGACAUAAAUGACCCCUUUGACACCGAUGGUGCGCACGGUUCUAAACACUGGACUGACGACGAGAAGACAAAAUUGUUUAACUGGCUCAUGGGUGUUGGGGAAGAUAACCACUGGAGUGCACUUCGGGCUACAAAGAACUCGUGUCUUCGCGAGUGUGCCAUUGAGGUAUUUGGUGGCAAGAAGACUUAUCAGGCGCUAAAAGGAUGUUAUGAACGAAAUUUCAAUUUAUUUAAACAGAUCUAUGCAUUCGAAAGUUUUCACGCGCAACUGGGGAAUGGUCCUGUCAGCUUGACGAAUGAAGCAGACAGGUUGCGAGAAUAUGAACGGCGAUUACAAAUUGCUCGCAAAGGCGGUUGCGACGUUGGCAAUGUGGGUGUCAAGACGAUUGACCAUUGGCAUAGGUCAGGCUGGUAUACUUUGUUCCACAGAAGAUGGAAUGGUGAUCCCGCCACUACUAGUACACGACCCGCAAACCGCCAAAAUAACGUCCCAGGGGCGACCAAUUCCCACGGCGGCGAAGAUGACGAUGACGAUUCAUUAGAAGCAACGGAACCAAUUCCAAUUCUUCAACCUCAAAUUCAACCUCAGAGCACACUAUCUCAACCUCAAACUAAUACCAACGAGCUUCCGAUACAGGAAGCAGGACCAUCAAAUACCCCAAGUCGAGCCGUCUUCCCAAACGUACCGUCGCCAAGCAGUGAUACGUCUGUUAUCAAUUUUACUUUACCACAAAACAUGAUGGCUGCAUGCUUGCAGCUUUUGCAAGCGCAGGUUCAGCACAGCAAACUCAAGCUAGAGUAUCUUAGGAGACGGGAGGAAAGGGAAGAAAGAGACAGUACUGCUCGCAAAGAUGCCGAGCGUGCAAGACUGGAAAGAGAAGCCGCCGAGUGGGAGCACACAAAAGAGACAGCUAAUGUCAAGCACAGAGCCCAACUUGCAACAGAUGUAUUGGCGAAUCCGGUGGUAGACGGAUCUGUGCGCCAGGCUGCGGCCGAUUAUCUUAAAAGACUAUUUGCUUCGGACUGA